AUGAAAAAUAUUUUAGAUUCACUUGGAGAUGAGGACUUAAGUUUACCGUCAUGUUCAAAGCCAAAGCGUCCUAAAAUAAGGAAUCAGGAUAAUGAAAACUUGGGCUCCGGUACCAGUCUUUUAGAAAAAUCUGUGACAUUAAAAGAAACUAUGAAAAUGAUGAUGGACUCAAGUGAAAGCGAGGAAGAACUAGAUAAUGAUAUUCCAAAUCCAUUAGACGAAGUAUUUAGUUAUAAAAAAUAUUAA